GUGCUGAUUUCUCAGAGCUCUUUUCAUGUGGUUCUUUGCAAAUUCAGAUGUUUGUUAAAUGGAGCUGUUAGUCACCAUCAGAAGUGUAUUUUGCCUCUGCCUGCUUCAUCUAGCAGCUACUGACAGCUUUAAUCUCAAUAUAACUGUGACAUGUAAGAAAACAAAUGACUUGGAACCUGACCAAUGGUGGCCACCACCCAAAUCCAAUCCUUCUCCACUACGCGAUCUCAAACUUCAACUUAUAUAUCUAAAUGGAACUUCAGCAUCUCUUGCUCUCAACAUAACCUGGUCUAUAAACAUUGAUAGUAGCAUUCACAGUAUCAAUAGCACAUGGAUAGAAGUUAACACACUGGGGUACAGAUGUAUGUAUCAACCUCCAUUUACUUCAAAACAGAUCCACACUGGUGAUUUACAGCAGAUUUGGUUCAACUUCACAGCUACAGAUGUCAAUAUUGAACCCAGCAGCACUUACUAUGUAGCUGUCUAUAAUCUUCCCCCAGCACCACCUCAAGAGCGACACAAAUACACAAAGCAGGCAGACGUACAAGUGCCUGGAUGUGAUGUUGAAUGGAUGAGGGAUCAUUCAACAUGUUUACAGACCCCUUCAACCCAAAACAAUGAGCACUGGGAAAUUACUACAACCUGGAUGAAGGAUGGAAUACAAGUGACCUUCGAUUCUCACUUGAACUCGAAGAAGUACGAGAUCAGACUGCGAAGAGAAUGGCAUAUACUAAACUUUAUUGAGGUGAACGUGAGAGGAGACAUCGAGACACUUACAGGACACCUGACAUAUUCAGGGCCAUGUGAAAAUCUUGAAAUAUCGAUAACACCGUUUUUUGAGCAUUGUGGAAUCACGUGCAGAUCAACUAUGCGCAAAGUAGACUGUCAAGCUGCAGCAACAGAAGAGCCUAAGAAAAACGAAACUCCCAUCCUGCUGAUCAGCAUUGGGUGUGCAGUAGCUAUUACUUUGUUGUUUAUCUGCCAAUUGAGAAGGUGCAAGAGAUCUGGCUAUUCCAGGGGUUUACUCAACACUGAGGGAUCAGUGGGAGUGCUGGUGGUGUAUCCUGCAGUGGAUAGUGUGUUCCAGAAUGCUGUGAUGGCAGUAGCUGACUUCCUGCAAAGUCAUAGAGAGCUGAAUGUCAUCAUUGAUGUGUGGCAGAGAGGCAGUCUGGCAGAACAGGGCCCAUUGCGCUGGCUGAACUCACAAGUGGACUGUGCUGAGAAAGUUCUCAUCAUCUUGCCACCUCAACACACCACAGACACAGCCGCCUUAAAACCCAACAUGGGAGGCAUUGUAACUGAUUACACGGUCCCAGCGUCUGCAUGUGAACUUUUUUCAAUGGCACUAACCCUGGUUGCCAGCUGUGCCCAUGAUCCCCAGCAGCACCAUAAGUUCUUGGUGGUGCACCUGAACCACGGUGGGCUCAGAAGCACAAUGCCAGUGGAGCUCAGAGGAUGCAAGACCCUUAUUCUGCCCAGGGAUCUGGAGAAACUUCAUCAAAUUUCCUCUCGGAAAGAAGUAACAAGCUCAAGCUGCAGGUUUGAGUCAUGCGGCUGUAAAGACAGGGCCAGGAAGGUCCGAGAUACCGUGCAGAUGUUGGACGAGUCGAAAUUGCCGAGCAAAGAUGCUGAGUCAAAGUCUAGAUCGUAGACUAUGCUAAAGGCCAGUUUAACUGCCUCAACUUUCAAUCUUUUGUUGCCUUUUCCUAAGAGUAUACAUCCAUGAAAAUUGUUGAAACCAUUUGAAUUCACAAAAAAAACCCUUAUCAUGUAAUCUGACUGUUUAAAUUACAUUUUAUACUUAGUGUUAGAUUCUAUAUUAUAAUUUUGAUCGUCUGUGCUUUUAUUUACUCCUACUGUCAUAUUUUUUUUUCACACGAUUUCAAAGGAUUUUGGUUGAACCAUUAUUUUAUCAGCUCGUCCCAACAGCUGACAGAAGUUCGUAUCUAUUGAUCAGAGUUGUGCAACUUGUGUAACAAGUUAUAUCCUGACUUUGAUAAGAUAAGGAGUUCAUGUUUAGUUAAUCUGAGUUCUCAGAGACUGACGGUUAGCAAAAUGUGAUGAUACGCAUAUGUGAAGGUCACGUCCUUGAUAUCAAGAAAAACAGGAUACCACACAGUAAGGAGCCUUUGCGUUUGUAUAGAUGAUAAAAUCUGUUUCUUUUUUUUUUUAUUCAACAACUGCAUUUGCAUGUUUUUUAGAAACCAUGGUGAAAAAAUGGUGAGUUCUGCACAUAUAUAAAGAGUUUUGCAUUACCUUAGCAAAUAAUAUAUACAGCAACAAUGCAUUUAUCCAAUUGCAUGCAUUAUACACUCUCUUACACACACCACCUGUCUCUCAUGCACACAUUCUCACACAUACACACACUCCCUUUCUCUCUUGCACACACACACUUUCUCUCUCACACAUGCUUUCUCUCAUGCACACACACACACACACACUUUCUCUCAUGCACAUUCA